AUGUCCAUCGAUGCGAUUAAUCGGAUUACCAGGAAAUUCAGCUACGCCUCGUUUUUGCAAACAGAUGCCCUCGAAGAUGGCCGUUACUACCAGACGACCGCCUCGCCGCACUCCAGAUUUGGCACCAGCGCCCAUAACUUGAGCACGACGCCGUUGUAUCAGGAGGGCCCCAGCGUUGCCUUGGUCGAGGAGAGUCAGACGACCCCGCAGCGAUUGGCGAACUUCUUCUCACGCCCUUUCCGCACGAACCCGCUGAAACGCACAAAAAGCGUCUCCAAAUUGGACCGUCGCGCCCAACCCAGCGAUAGG